UCCCUGUACAUUUCGCGUCGCACAAAUCUCUUUACGGCCGUUCACCAAGGAAUUUCAAGCUCCCUCCCCUCUUCGAAAAUGUUUCUUAAAACUUCAAUUAUUUCCUUUAAAUCAUCUUUGAAUGUUAGAUCAUCAUCUUCAUUCAUUCCUUCGUCACUGAAAUCAGCCAAACGCACCACUAUUAUUAAACACCUUUCUCAACUUGAUAAUUUCCUCCAUGUAAACUGCAAGUCGGGUAACUUUUCUCUUGAUGAAGCUCUUGAUUCUUUCGAUUACAUGAUUCAUAUGGACCCCACUCCUGGAGGGGUUUUUACCCUGCCGCUGUGACUUUUACUAGUCUGAUUAAUGGUCUUUGUAAGGAGGGCAAAAUUAAGAAGGCGAUUGAAUUGUUUGGAAAAAUGGUUUCUGUUGGAUGUAGGCCUGAUGUGGUUACAGUUGGGAGUUUGAUCACUGGCUUGUGUAGAACGGGUAAUGUCACUGUUGCCCUUCAGUUAUUUGAUGAAAUGAAUAAUGGGAAUGGUGAAUUUGGUGUCAUUUGCAAGCCUAAUGUUGUUUGCUAUGCUGCUAUUAUAGAUGGUCUUUGCAAAUAUGGGUUAGUAGACAAGGCGAAGAAACUGUUUUCAGAAAUGAAGUCCAAGGCUGUCAAUCCAGAUGUGAUUACUUACAACACUUUAAUUUAUGGAUUGUGUAAUACAUCUAAUUGGGAGGAGGCUAAAACUUUAUUUGCAGAAAUGUCGGAUGAAGGUGUAAAGCCUAAUGAGGUGACAUUUACUGUGGUUAUGGAUGAACUUUGUAAGAAUGGGAAGAUUGAUGAAGCCAAUGGAUUGCUCCAACUAAUGAUUAAUAGAGGUAUUCACCCCAACACAAUUACUUACAAUGCAGUUUUAAGUGGUUACUGCUUGGCAGGUAGAAUUGAGGAUGCAAGAAAACUAUUUGAUUCCAUGGAAAGUAAGGGGUGUAAGCCUAAUGUUUGUAGCUUCAGUAUUUUAAUGGAUGGUAUGUGCUUGGCAAAUAAAAUUGAUGAUGCUAAGGAAUUGUUUUCUUUGAUGUUGAGUAAGGGAUGCAAACCUGAUGUAGUUAGCUACACUACGUUGAUCAAUUGGUAUUGUAAGAAUCGAAAAGCUGAUGAAGCUAUUUGUGUUUAUAAGGAAAUGACCUCAAAGGGAAUUCAGCCAACAAUCGUUACAUUUAACACCUUGCUAAAAGGUCUUUUCAUAUAUGGUAAAGUUGGACAUGCAAAAAAACUAUUUGGUGAGAUGCAACUUAGUAAUGUUCCUCCCAAUUUAAUUAUGUAUAAUAUUCUUAUUGAUGGGUUUUGCAAAAAUGGUUGUGUUUUGGAGGCUGCUGAACUGUUUCAUUCUUUAAGAAACGGAAACAUUCAUCCUGACAUCAUUACUUUCAAUUGUCUCAUUGAUGGUUUGUGCAAAACAAGAAGACUCAAUAUUGCUUUGGAACUAUUUAACAGAUGGCGCAAUGAAGGAUUUGUUCCAGAUGUUGUGACAUAUAACAUUCUGUUGUAUGGACUUUGUAAAGAAGGGAAGUUGGAGAUGGCAAGUAAUUUGUUAUCAGAUAUGGCACAAAACGAUUGUGCUCCAAAUUGCAUCAGUUUUAAUACUCUUAUGUCUGUUUUCUUGCAAAAUAAUGAGACUUCAAAAGUGGUAGAACUUCUUCACAAAAUGAAAGAGAGAAAUGUGAAGCCAGAUGCAUCCACGGCUUCAAUUAUUCUAGAUUUACUACAAAGGUAUAAAAACUACAGUGAAGUCCUAAAUUUGCUACCAGCGUUCUCAAACCAAGAACCUGCGGAUAGUUGAUUGUCAAGUAACUGCAUUUUCUGAGGGAGUACAACUUAUCACAAGAGUCUUGCCAGAUGUCAAAGUUUCUAUGUAAAGCUUGGCAAUUGCUUAAGUCGCUGAUGGGAAACCCACAUCAAAGUGGGCUAACCUAAAUCCAGGAGUGCUUGCUUAAGUCGUUGUUUCUGACGGGUGCCUAUUAUUGUUUUCAGAGGAAUUUCUUACAAAGAUGUUUCUAAGGUUGCAGGUGGUUUAGCACUCAGGGCUGCUGAUUGAAAUGAUGCUAUUGAAGCAGUGAAGAAAUUGUAUUAACUCUUUUGCAAAUAUUAAUCAUAUAGUGAGGAAGACAGAGAAAGUGUGUGCUUAUUGGGUUGAAAGGAAGUGUGGUUAUGGAGUGAUGUGUAAGUUUUGCAAUCCAACUGAGGGUUUUAGGUUGUUGAAGUAGCAUGAAGGCCCGUUGAAGUUAUGUGUGGGAUUGUGUUGCCAUCGGAAUCUUCUAAUCUUUAUCCGGGACGUCGAGAUGAAACUGUGAGGCUUUGGAAUUGUCUCUGCAUCUGGCUGCGAUUGUUGUUGGUAUAAAGAAAAUUUCUUAAGGCACUGAUUAUUUAAUUUGUUUAUUUUAUAAGGGUUGAAAUUAUGGUAGUUUUUAUAUUAUAGAAUUUUUUUGUUAGGAGCAUUUCAACCUAUUAUGAAAGAUUAUGUAUUACAUAACGAAAUAUUCAUUGAAAAAUUAUUGUGUCCUGAA